UUCUUUCUCUAUAAAUAACCAAAUACUUUAUGCUACCUUUCCCCAUUUCUAUAACGUCCUUCAAUCAACAAUUCUAAUUCAUAAUCUUCUUUUUCUUCUCAACUCCAUCACUGUAGUCCCCACUUUCUAAUUUUAAUUUUGCUACAAAAUAUGGAUUCUAUAAUUCCGGGUUUGAUUGAUGAUUUGGGUCGGGAGUGUUUAAUUCGGGUCCCCUUUAAUGAACUUCCAACUGCAGCUUCUGUCUGUAGAAAUUGGAAGUAUGAGAUGGAACUUCCUGAUUUUUUCCGUCAAAGAAAGAUGGCGGGUGUAACCCGACCCGUUCUUGUGUUGGCUCAGGCUCAAGUUGAAGACCCGAAUGAGAAGUUGGAUCCUGGUGUGAAGCAACACCCAUCAAAACCUACUUACCGGUUGACGGUAGCUGACCCGGGUUCUGGAACUUGGGUUCAUCUACCUCCGAUUCCGGGGUUGCCCGAGGGAUUACCCAUGUUUAGUGGGUUAGUUGGGUCCGGGUCGGAUCUUGUAAUCGUUGGUGGCUGGGAUCCGGUUACAUGGAAAGCAUCGAACGCUGUGUAUAUUUACAGCUUUUUAACAGGUAAAUGGCAGAAAGGUGAGGAUAUGCCAGGUGUACGAAGAUCGUUCUUUGGAUGCUCUGCUUCUGAUGAUGAUCGUACGGUUCUCGUUGCUGGGGGCCACGAUGAGGAUAAAAACGCCUUAAAUUCAGCAUUAUUGUAUAGCAUAGAUGAAAAUAGGUGGGUCCCACUUCCCGACAUGAACCGACCACGUGACGAGUGUAAAGUCAUCUUCCACGGUGGCAAAUUCCACGUCAUCAGCGGUUAUCCAACGGAUAUGCAAGGAUGCUUUGAAAGAAAUGCCGAGGUGUUUGAUUCAUCCACGUGGCAGUGGUGCCCAGUCAUCGAGGAAUUUUUCGAGACCGGGUCAACUCCGGGCUCAUGCAUAGCAGGGCCAGACGGGCGGAUAUACGCUUGUAUAGGAAGGCGGAGUGCUGAUGUGGCGGUGUAUUUGGGGGACAAGUGGCAAGUGGUGGCGGAAGUUCCCGGUGAAGUGAGAAGCUCACAAUGGGUGGCUACAUGUGGUGAUAAGGUGUUAGUAAUAGGGUGCUUAAAAUUUGGGGAACCUCUACAAGGUUACUUGUUAGAUUUGAAGAAUCUUAAGUGGAGCAAAAUUGAUAUGCCUAAUAAGUUUUCUGGUCCUGUUCAAUGUGGUUGUGUAUUGGAGAUAUGAGAUUUUUUUUUUUAAUGUCAAAAAAUGUUGCAAAAUCAAAAAAAAUUGGUAUGAGAUAGUGUAAAAUUUAACUAAUUGUACAUGAAACGAUGCAAUUCUCUAGUAUAGUGUAUACCAUAGUCCAUAAGCAUAACUUUAGGCUUAGAUUACAAAUUACAAUACUAUUUUUAGUCUACUUUUUUGUUUGUUUUGUUUUGGUGAUGAACUUGCAAUAUAAAUAGUACAAUUUUGUCUUAA